AUGUAUGCCUCAGGCGGCCAACCGGCUUUUAUGAGUAAUUCGGUCGAGAACCCGUGGACCGGCGUGAAGCUGCCCGGACCCCGCCUUUUUUGUGUCUUCCCCGGAAAGCGCCAUGCGGAGGAUGAGUCUAGCCUCCAUACUAACAUGAAGCGGAAUCGCAUCCAGUUCGAGGCCAAUGGCGAUGCCUCGUCCGAUUCUCCCCCUCAGGGUGCUUUCACCCCAGAGGAGCGCGCUCACCAUGUCCCGAAGAUCUCUCGACGGAUACGGGCAUGCACAGAGUGUAAGCGACACAAAGUGCGCUGUGACAUGAAAGCAAGUGAUGCGGUAUGCUCGCGCUGUGGGCGCAUGGGGCUAGAAUGUGUCGUGAACAAAAGUCUUCAGACAUUACUGGAGGAUGAAGCCGAAUGGAAAUCAAUGAUUGAAUCGGCAAUGACAGAUCUGCUCCGAAAAUCACAGCUACCGGAGCUAUCGUACUACCAAGCGGGUGGUGGCUCAAUUGAGACGCCCUCGAAGAAGAGAGACCGGAAAGACUCUACCGUUUCGACCGAUGAUAACGGGCUUGGGCAAAACAAUAGGGCCGAACCAGUCGGAAUUUCAAUCGAAUUAUGGCUUCCCCCACCACAACCACAAUAUUCUCUGGACCGCGAGGAAACAGGCGCAGCCUCCUUGGUCACAGCUCCAAUGGGAAGUCUCUACGAGGUGACCCAGCUAAGUGAGAAUCGUGACAGCUCACAAGGACAAAAACUUGCUCCCGACCAGGUAUUGGUCACUGAUUUCAUUUCGCGCGGCGUGGUUGAUAUUCAGGAAGCAGAGGAGCUAUUUCAUCAAUUCGACCAGGUACUCAACCGCUACCUAUGGGAUGGAGCAUUGCUAGCACACAAAGAUCUAACAUCUGCCCGACGAUCAUCGUCAAUGCUAUCUGCCGCCAUUCUGGCCGUCACUGCACUUCAUAUGCCGAGCAAGGAACGCACAUUUGACACAUGCUAUACCGAGUUUGCAAAAUUGGCAUCGGAAUCUAUGUUAGGCCAUCAUCAUACCUUGGAUGAUAUUCGUGCACUAUGCAUAGGUGCUUUCUGGCUUGCGGAUGUUAGCUGGAAGCUCUCUGGUUACGCGGUGCGUAUUGCAACCGAACGUAACCUGCACCAAUUCUACCGCAAAGCCACACAAGGGUCGCCAGAGCACCUGGAACAGGCGAGGCUAUGGUAUCUCCUCUAUACCUUGGAACACCACUUCUCUAUUGCGUACGGACGACCACCAAUGAUCCACGAAGAUGCCAGUAUCACGCAACACAAUGUCUUCACACAAAAUCCGUCGAUAUCCCAAGGAGACCUUCGACUUCAUAGCCAAGUCGACCUGUUCAUAAUUUUAACCCGUAUAUAUUUCUCUUUCGGCCCUGAUGUGGAGUUGGAAGUUCCCGAGAGCGACUUCUCCAAGAUUGAUCAAUUUGACAUUGAUCUAGGUAAUUGGAAGUCAUCAUGGCUUCCUCGGCUUGCGGGAAGCCGUUACGUCGGCGCAUAUCCAUACAAGGCCGUGUACAUGCACUACCACUUCUCUCGACUGCAGCUCAACUCGGUGGCACUGCGCACAUACCACUCAUCCACCUCUUCAGGACAAAUGUCAUUUGAACGCCGAAAACGCGCCAAUAUCGCUGUCGAAUCAGCUAUUGCUACACUCCAGGUUUGCCUGGACGAGCGAGAUAUCCAGCGGGCACUUGUCGGCGUCCCACUUUAUCUCCACAGUAUGAUCACAUUUGCUGCAGUGUUCCUUCUGAAGAUCGCAGCCAAAGUAUGCUCAAAUGGGGCCAUUCCCGGCAGCCAGGGCAAGCAGACGUCUAUCGCCUCAGCGGGUUUACAUGUUGACGUUAGCUACGUGCGUGUUCUUGUUGGCAGGGUGGUCGAGCUUAUGGUGUCAUGUAGUCAGCGCGCGAGCGAGCGCCACCUGAGUCACCACAUCGCUAGAGGACUCCGUAAAAUGCUAACAGGUCUUGAGGAGUGGGAGAAGCGCACUGCUGGCACCCAACAAUCAGUUGGAUCAGUCCCACAAGACCCAUCUUCCCUCUUCAAACCUGUUAUAAUACCCGGAUCUCAGAUGCUUGGUGAGCGUGACACUAUCUUGAACCACCCGCCUCCGUUACUUGGAGUGGCGCCGCUGUCUGCCGAACGCAGCAAUGGCUUUGAACCUCCUGCCAUUGGAAAGCAGGAACCGGGUCUGUCUGAGGGCUCGGUUGACCCCAUGAUGGCAGAUCUAUGGGGAACCGACGAGGACUACUUCCCUACAGGAGUGUUUGACUUCCUCCAGAGCCAAAUGCCGGCAUGA